GAGCCGCAUAAAUACCGCCGCCAUUUCGUGCAUGCGCCACUUUCUGCGCCGAACUCUGCGGGAUGCGCUGAUUUUCUUUGACAUUUGGCGCAGUUUUUGGUGAAAUUUAACGCGUUUUUAUUGGGACCAGAGCCGCACGCGCCAGAAUCGGGCCCAGCGGCGGAACAUGACGUCAGAGCGGCGCGAGGACAAAGACGGAGAGCUGAACGUGCUGGAGGACAUUUUAACAGAAGCUCCGGAUCAAGACGACGAACUAUUCACCAACACAGAGACCGAGAUCACAGACAAGAAGGGAGUGAAGCGAAAGUCUGACCGCUCUGACCCGGGGGACGUGAAGCGGCCACGCUCAGGACACGCCCCCUCGUCUUCCUCGUCCAAUAAGAGAGCGCCAUCCUCGAAGAAGACUGGGUCUCCCAGAGCGGGCCACGCCCCCAGUUAUCGCCAUGACGACUACGACGACCGCAAACUACGGCGACGCAGGGGGCGGAGCCUAGAACAGAAAAUGCGCCGUGAAGAGCGUCGGCCAAGCCCCUCCCCUCGCCACAAUGACCACCAAUCAGAUGAAGAGUACGGCUCUGAGGCGGGAAGCUCCUCGGCCAAUGGAGAAGAAGAGGAGGAGCCUGAGGAGGAAGAGGAGGAGGAGGAGGAAGAGGAAGAGGAGGAGGAGGUGAUGGAGGAAGAGGAGGAGGAAGAGGAGGGAGAGAAAGAAGAAGACGACGACGAAGACGAUUACGACCGAAGAGACACAAACUACGACACGCGAAGUGAAGCCGGAGACUCGCACAGCUCUGUGAGCUUCAGCGAGUCCGAGUCCGGUUCAGAGAAGAGGCGGGAUAAGUUGUCUUCGUCUGUGCGAGCAGUGAGAGAGAAUCCGACCAGUAAGCUGCGCUACAUUCUGAGAGACGCACGAUUCUUCCUCAUCAAGAGCAACAACCACGAGAACGUGUCCCUCGCCAAAGCCAAGGGCGUGUGGUCCACUCUUCCGGUGAAUGAGAAGAAGUUAAAUGCAGCGUUUCGUUCGGCGCGAAGUGUCAUCCUGGUGUUUUCUGUGAGAGAGAGCGGAAUGUUCCAAGGUUUUGCUCGUUUAGCGUCCGAGUCUCAACACGGCGGCUCUCCCAUUCACUGGGUGCUUCCUGCUGGAAUGAACGCCAAGAUGUUGGGAGGAGUCUUCAAGAUCGACUGGCUCUGCAGGAGGGAGCUGCCCUUCACCAAAACCGCUCACCUGUCCAACCCCUGGAACGAGCACAAGCCUGUGAAGAUCGGACGAGACGGACAGGAGAUCCAGCCGGACACCGGGGGUCAACUGUGCGCACUCUUCCCGUUGGACGACAGUGUGGAUGUGCACAGCGUCGCUCGGAGGAUUCGUCACAAACGUCGCACGCCGUCAGAGCCCCGUCCCCGAGGACGCCCACCAAUCAGAGAGCCGGGAAGGCGUCGCCCCGAAGAGUACGACCUUCACGGAAGAAAGAGACCACGCUCAGACUGCGGACCAGACUACUCCAGAACAGGUUUUAUCCAGGACCUGAGGAGCCAGCCCGUGGACAGGAGGUUUUCUGGAGUUCGACGCGACGUCUUCAUGAACGGGUCUUAUGGAGAUUACAUGAGGGAUUAUCACCACAGUGUUGGACCUCCUGCUCCUUGGCAAACUCUGGCGUACCCGGGCGUGGACCCGCCCCCCCCUCAGUAUUACCACCACAGCCGCCCCGCCCCCCCUCACCAGGCAUACCACCACCCGCCCCUGCCCCCCCACGAGCCGCACCGCUUCAGGGACAAGAACCGGAGCACGGGCCACCGGGGAUACGCCUCCAGCCCGCACGAUUAUGACAUGAGAGUGGACGACUUCCUGCGGCGAACUCAGGCCGUGGUCAGCAGCCGGCGAGAGAGAGACCGACAGAGAGAGAGACCGAGAGGAGAGACGAGGAGAGAGAGGGAGAGGGGGAGAGACAGAGGAGGAGAGAGGGACAGAGAGAAGGAGAGGGGGAGGUACAGACGCUGAGGAGGACAGAGGGACAGUGAGUCUCAUCUGAUGCUCUUCUCUUGUGUUUUGGUGUUUUCAUCUUUUGUCGCGCCUCAAACUCUGCACCUGUCGGGGCAGGGGCAGGUGCAGCUCCUGUCGUCUGUGCUUCUCUCUCUUCUAUUCCUCUUUUUUUUUUUUUUUUUUCUGUAUCUGUAGAUGUGAAAGUGCGUCUCCUCAAGCUUCAGACACUUUUUGUUUGUUUUGACCCCAGUGACCAGGAAACUCUUAAAGUCUUGAACCAUUUGGUUUGUGCAGAGACAGAGCCCCGUGUGUGUGUGUGUGUGUGUGUGUGUGUGUGUGUGUGUGUGUGUGUGUGUGUGUCUGCGUGUGUGUGUGUGUGUCUGUGUGUGUGUGUGUGUGUGUGUCUGUGUGUGUGUGUGUCUGUGUGUGUGCGUGCGUGUGUGUGCGUGUGUGUGUGUGUGUGUGUGUGAGGUCUGCAGUUACAGGCAGCACCUUUUAUUUCCCAUGAGCCUCUGUUUUAGACACCUGUCACUUCCUGUUUGUGUUGUUGUACUUCCUGUUACCUGUAAAAGGGGCGGGACUUUUGUUUUUGUAUCAAAUAAAAAUUUGACAAAAA